AUGGCAAGUUCCACCAGCAGAGACAAACACCCCAACCCCCCAGCCAUCGUCGGCAUGGCCUGCCGGGUGCCCGGAGCCAUCACCCCAGCCCGUCUCUGGGACAACAUCCUCAGCCAGAUCGACCUCCAGCGCAAGAUGCCCCCCGACCGAUUCAACAUCGACGCCUUCUACCACCCAGACCACACCCACAAAGGCACGCUCAACACCAAGCACGGCUACUUUCUCGACCAACCCCUCGCCGACUUUGACGCCGAGUUCUUUGGCGUCUCGGGCAAAGAAGCCGAGGCGAUGGACCCCCAGCAGCGUCUCCUCCUGGAAGUAACCUACGAAGCCCUCGAAGACGCGGGAAUCCCCCUUGCUUCUGUCAGGGGUUCGCGCACGUCGGUUUACUGUGGGAUGUACACCACUUCCAAUGAUUACCACAACCUUCAGAACAAGGACUUGGAGUACUACCCCAAUGGGGAGGCGGAUAUGGCUGUUGUUGUUGGGUCGGCACUGCAUUUUGGGCCGAAUACGUAUCAGACUAUGACUGAUAUGGGGUUUCUUAGUUCUGAUGGGAGGUGUAGGAGUUUUGAUAGGGAUGGGGAGGGGUAUGUGAGGGGUGAUGGGGUUUGUGCGGUGGUGCUGAAGAGGAGGGAGGAGGCGGUUGGGGAUGGGGAUUGGGUGAGGGCUGUUGUGAGGGGGAGUGGGGUUAAUCAUGACGGGAAGACGGAUGGGAUUACGCUGCCGUCGGCGGAGUUGCAAGAGGGGUUGAUUAGGGAGACGUAUGGGAGGGCGGGGAUUGAUCCGGAUGAUACGGAGUAUUUUGAGGCUCAUGGAACGGGGACCAAGGCGGGCGAUCCUCGUGAAGCUGCUGCUAUCGGUAAAGUCUUUGGCACGUCUACCCGCACGAGACCGCUUUAUAUCGGCAGUGUCAAAUCCAAUAUUGGACAUUUGGAAGGCGCGGCUGGUCUUGCGGGUAUUAUCAAGGCGACGUUGGCUAUUCAGAAUGGCAAGAUCCCGCCCAAUAUGCAUUUCCACAAGCCUAACCCGGAGAUACUCUUUGACGAGUGGAAACUCAAGGUUCCCACUUCUGCCCUGGACUGGGUCGAGUCAGAUGGAAAGCCGCGCCGGGCAAGCAUUAACUCUUUUGGGUAUGGCGGUGCGAAUGCCCAUGUUGUUCUUGAACAACCUCUUGACUCCCCAACUGUCAUAGUCAAUGGUGUUGAUAAGGCCAAGACGCGGCCAUACCUGCUUCCGCUCACUUCACACUCGGAGGUAGCCGGCGAGAAAGCGAUCAGCAACCUCGCCAGUUACCUCAGCAGCAAGAAGGGGGGUGAUCAGCAGACGCUUAUCCGUGAUCUAGCCCACAGCUUCUCUACACGCCGCUCAGUGCACAGCAACAGGACCUUUGCUGUCCUGUCACAUGGGGCUGGUGUUGAAGAGCUAGCCAACGCCCUUUCAUCUGGGGCAUCAAGCGCUAAAUGGACUCAACCUCUCGACAGUGAACAGCCUAUUCGAGUAGGGUAUGUCUUUACGGGCCAGGGUGCCCAGACAUAUGACAUGAGCCGGGAGUUGAUACUUCACUCUGAAGCGUUCCGGGCAACACUGGAGCGUUGCGAUGAGGCUUUACAGACGUUGCCUGAUAAGCCUGACUGGAGGAUUGUUGAUGAGCUCCUUCGUGAUGAGGAGGGGUCGCGGCUUUCUAAAAGCAGGUUCUCGCAGCCGGUGUGCACGGCUGUUCAGGUUGCAGUUGUUGACUUGUUGUCUGAUUGGGGAGUGAAGCCGUCGGCGGUGUGUGGGCAUUCGUCUGGUGAGAUAGCAGCUGCGUAUGCGGCGGGUGUUUUGUCGCUUGAGGGGGCGAUUGUCACGGCGUACUACCGUGGGUUGUACAUGUCUGCUGGCCUUGAAGCAGCAGACUGCAUCCCAGGGGCGAUGAUGGCGGUGGGACUGUCAGCAGCUGAGCUAAAGGUUGAGUUGGGGGCGUAUGCAGACCGGCUCACCAUCGCGGCUAUCAACAGCCCUUCUAGCGUGACGGUCUCGGGAGACUUGGACGCAGUCACGGAGUUGAAGGAGAAGUUGCUUGCUCGGAAGGCGUUUGCCCGGCAGUUGAAAGUCGAGCAAGCUUUUCACUCGCAUCAUAUGGCUCCCAUGGCUCCGCGGUAUCAGGCCGCGCUGGAGGGGAGGGAGUUGGCUGUUUGUUCGCAGAAGCCUACCGCUAGGAUGUUCUCUAGUGUCACUGCCCGUGUCGUCUCCGACUCCGGGUCGCUCGGGCCGGGGUACUGGGCAGCAAACAUGGUCCAACCAGUUCGGUUCUCUGACGCUCUCACUGGAGCGGUUCUGGAUGAGGAGGAGAAACCAACAGUGGAUAUCCUUCUUGAAAUUGGCCCUCACCCAGCCCUCAAAGCCCCCGCUAAAGAAGUCCUCAAACUACUCGGGCUAGACAAGACCCCUUACCUCGGCACACUCUCUCGUGACCGCUCGGCAUAUAAGUCCCUUCUUAGCACAGCAGGAGAGCUUUUUACUCUCGGAUACCCCGUUGAUUUACCAGUCAUCAACGGCCCUGGCAACCGCCUCGUGGAUCUACCAACCUACGCGUGGAACCACAAGAACUACUGGUCUUUGAACCGCCUCACCACUGAGCACCUCCACCGCGAAACACGACACACACUUCUUGGAGUUCCCGUUCCGGGGGGGGUUCAUCACAUCCCAAGGUGGAGGAAUUACAUCCGGUUGCGUGAGAUCGCUUGGUUGAGAGAUCAUUGUGUAGAUGGGAAGGUGGUUUUCCCCGCGGCGGGUUAUUGCUGUAUGGCUAUUGAAGCGGCGGUCAGACUUGGGGACCGUAGGAACGAAAGCAUUGCCGCGGUGCAUCUGAAGGAGGUCUUGAUAAAAGCCCCGCUUGCUCUGAGGGAGGACCAUGACGAGGGGGCGGAGACGGUGUUGGAACUGAGGCCUGUGGCGGAGUCGGCGAGGACGUUUUCGGAGGAGUGGUUCGAGUUUGAGGUUUCGAGUUUUGAGGAGGGUCUGGAGACGAGGCAUUGCCAUGGGAGGAUUUGGGUCGAGUAUGGCGAGCCGAGGGGGUUGAGGUCGUUGACAAAAGUGGAGGGGGUGGAGGAGAUGAGGGGGAGGUCGGAUAGGUACGUGAGUGCCAAGUCGCUGUAUGAGAGGUUGGAGAGGCUAGAUUUGAAGUAUGGGCCUUACUUUGCGCUACUAAAGGGAGAUGUUGUCUCUGGACCGGGUUUUGCGGUUGCCGAGUUUGAGUUUGAUCCGAUGGUGUUUCCGAAGCAUGAGCUGGAGGAGCGGACGGUGCUUCAUCCGACGUUGUUGGAUUCGAUGUUUCAUGUUUUGUUUAGUGGGAUUGAGUCGAGGUUGGGGAGGGAGAUAACCGAGGCUUUUGUGUCGACGUAUAUGAAGACGUUGGAUAUUUCGGGGAUAUUGGUGGAGCAAGGGGGGAGGGGGGGGAGGAGGGGGUAUACGGUGCAGACGAGGACGGAGUUGCCGAGUCAGAGGAUGGCGGUUAAUCAUAUUUUGUUGAGGGAGGAGGGGUCGGGGGAGUUGAUUAUUGAGGCUACAGGGAAUGAGGUUACUGCGUUGGGGAGUGAUGGUCAGGGGCAGGGGAGGGCGUUGUUUUUCCGGCAGAGGUGGCAGCCUUCUCUGCUGGCUCAUUUGGCAGUGCCAGUCACGGGCCGACCGCUGUAUGAGACUCUGCAUAUUCUGAGCGAGGAAACUCAGUGGCCGGAAAGGUUUGAUGUGUUGGCUGGGCCAGAAGGCCGGUAUGAUCUCGUUAUCGUGGGCAAGGACGCUGAGCUUUCUCCUGAGGCACUGCAAACAUCACUUGCCAGCAAUGCUGUGGUUGUCACCAGUGAGUCUCUUACGGAAUGGACACCGGUUGCAACCGCUUCCGAAUGGACCGCUUAUCGCCCAGCAACCAACGUCUCCACAGCUCAGAUUGACUUGACAGUGAUCCUAUCAACUGUUUCCUCGGAAACAACACGAGCCAUCAUGGAAGAACUCGAGGCAUCCCCCUACAUCGCCUCAUACGUCGUAGUCCUAAGCAGCCUUGACAACCACUCAAACCCCAUCGACCCCCCCUCAGAAUGGUUCGGCACCCGCCACCUCCUCACCCUUGAAAACAUCACCCUCCUCUGGCUCACCCUCGGCGCAACAAUCCAAUCCACAAACCCCUCUCACGCCAAAAUCCUCGGCCUCCUCCGCGUGGCCCGCAACGAAAACCAAGCCUCUCGCCUCCUCUCCCUCGACAUCCAGCCCUCCACCUCCCCCGCCCUCAUCACAAAACAGAUCCUCCCCUGCCUGUCAACCGCCUCAGAAGAGGACUUCUCCCUCCACCACACAACCCUCCACAUCCCCCGCAUAGAAGAAGACCUCCCCCACAACCGUAAACUCCCCUCCGGCCUCGGCAGCCUCCCCCAACCCUCACCUUACAAUUCCCACCCCUCCCUCGCCCUCCGAGUAGGCAAAAUCGGCCUCCUCGAAACCCUCCACUUCGUCUCCCUCCCCCAAGACAACACCGCCCUUGGUGAUAACCAAGUCCUCAUUCGCGUCAAAGCCUCCGCCCUCAACUUCCACGACCUGGCUGUAGCGUUGGGGAUAAUCCAAGACUACAACAUGGGCAACGAAUGCGCGGGUGUCAUCACCGCCGUUGGCGCCUCCGUUACUAACCUUUCCCCUGGGGACCGGGUGGUAGCUUACCGUCCUGGCCAGGGGGCACAUCAGACUUUUGUUCGUCAGGAUGGUGAGAUGUGCGUGAAGAUACCUGACACAAUGUCAUUUUCUUUGGGGGCGAGUCUGCCCGUUACGAUGACGACGGCGUUUUAUUCGCUUUUCACGGUUGGACGGUUGAAAAGGGGAGAAACGGUUCUGAUACACAGUGCUGCUGGGGGGGUUGGGCAGGUGGCGAUUCAGAUGGCGAAAAAUAUCGGGGCGAGGGUGCUGGUUACUUGUUCGGAGGGGAAGAGGGGGUUGAUGAGGGAAAGGUAUGGGAUGGAGGAGGGGGAGGUGUUUAAUUCGAGGGAUGAUUCUUUUGUGAGGGGGGUGAUGGAGGCGACGGAAGGAAAAGGGGUGGAUGUGGUGAUUAAUAGUCUGGCUGGGAAACUGCUUCAUGCCACAUGGGGGUGUUUGGCGCCGUUUGGGAGGUUUGUCGAGAUUGGGAAGAGGGACAUACAUCAGAAUUCGAACUUGGGGAUGGAUCCGUUCAGGAGGAAUGUCAGUUUUGCUUCGGUGGAUAUGAUUUUGGUUUAUGAGUUGGAUAAACCCCUGGCGGCGAGGUUGUUGGGGGAGACGUUUGAGAUGGUGUUUUCUGGGGAGGUAAGGCCGCCUGAGGGGUUGUUUGAGUAUUCUUAUGGUCAGGCGGAGAAAGCGUUUCGGUUGAUGCAGCUGGGGAGGCAUACGGGGAAGAUUGUUCUUACUGUUGAUGAGGAGGAGGAGGAAGAGGUGAUGGUUGCCCCGCCGAGUUAUGAUCAGAGGCUGUUAUUCAAGGGGGAUAGGACGUAUCUUUUGGUUGGGGGGUUGGGGGGCUUGGGGACGGGGACGGCGGAGUGGAUGUAUCUUCGUGGGGCGAGGAGGUUUGCGUUCAUGUCCCGGUCGGGGGAUCAGAGUAGUAAUGGGAGGAAGACGGUGAAUUGGCUCAGGUCGAGGAAGGCUGAAGUCAGUGUUUACAAGGGGGAUGUGGGUGUUUUGGCUGAUGUUGAGAACGUCGUUCGGGAGAUUGGUCCUUCGCUGGCUGGCGUUUUUCAUAUUGCGGUUGUGCUACAGGACGGCAUGAUCAGGUCGUUGUCCUUUGAUCAGUACCAGACCGGGCUGCACACCAAGUGCACCGGUGCGUGGAAUUUGCACACAGCAACGUUGGGCAUCGACUUGGACUUUUUCGUCUGCUGGUCGUCGGUGUCGGCCAUCUGCGGUAACAAGGGACAAGGAGCCUACGUUGCCGCCAAUGCGUACAUGGAUGCCUUCAUGCGCUGGCGACGGGAGCAGGGCCUUGUCGGAACGGCUAUGAAUCUUGGUGCUGUGCCCACGAGGGGCUUGGUUGCUGAGAAUGAGCUUGUCAGGAAGAGCCUCGACAGAAACAAGCUCGAUAUCCUCACGGAACAAGAACUCAUGUUUUUGAUUGAGGAAGCAGUACAGCUGAAGAAGCCUGAUGCCGCCACAGAUGGCCUCGACUGGCAUCAGCUGAUUGUCGGCGUCAACACAAAGGAGCCUGAUGUUUGGUGGUCGGAGCGGUCCGUCUUCCGCACACUGUAUGCCAACAGAUCGUAUGGCACCGGGGCCGGCAGCGGUGCUGCAGCUGGUCAAGUGAACACGGCAAGCCUCCUCGCAUCCGCAGGGAGCGUUGAGGACAAGAUUGCCGUCUUACAGCAAGCGUUCACCCAGAAAGUGGCAACAGUCUUGAGCACACCAACAGAGAGCAUUCUGCCAACCAACCCGUUAUCAUUCUAUGGCCUCGACUCAAUCGUGGCUGUCGAGUUCCGGAAAUGGUUCAAGGAAACUGCCGAAGUUGACCUUUCGCUGUUUGAUAUACUUGGUGCAAAGUCCAUUCAGGGGCUGGUCGAAAAGGUCGUGGCGUCGAUGCCUGUUGCAGCAGUAUCUUCGAGCGAGGAGCGUGUGAAGACAGGUUCGGGUGAGAAGCAGACAUCAGCGAGUGUUAUCAAUGGCCAACAUGAUCAGAGCAGGAAGCUGGAUCACAUCCCGAGACUCCAAACGUCUGGUCCGGUGCCAGUGUCAACUCACCAAGCGAGAAUGUAUGCUCGCCAUGUCCGCGCCGAAGACAAGUCUCAGAUGAACCUAUGUGGUGUCCUGCGCAUCAGUGGCCACCCAGAUCUACCUGCACUAGGAAAAGCCUUCCACGAGACUGUACGACGGCACCAAGCACUGAGCACAGCAUUCGUCCAAGACGGCAACCGGCUCGUUCAGUCACCAUCGCCAGAGCCGAAAUGCCGUCUGGUCAUUGAGGACGUAUCCUAUACCACAUCCCCUCAAACAGAGCUCCAGAUCAUCAUCUCACGUCUUCGAAACCAACAACUCGAGAUAGCCAAAGGCGAAGUAGCAACUAUGACCCUCGUUAGAACAUCAGAAACCGAGUACUUUGUCAUCUUCAUCGCCCACCACAUCUGCUUCGACAGAGCCAGCUUCACAAUCCUCUCAGAUGACUGGAUGGACCUCUACGACGCGAUCCGCUCCAGUCGAGACCUCGACACGGUCCCCUCCCCACCCAUCACCUUUGCGGACUUCGCCCGAUGGCACAACACCCUCCUCAAGUUCCCACCAGCCCUCGCAAACCUAGACUUCUGGACCCAAGAGCUCACCAACCUCCCAACCGCCGGCACCCUCCUCCCCUUCGCUCAGCGAAAAACUCGCCCCUCAACCUGGCAAACCCACCGCCGUCACUUCACCACCCAACUCCCCUCCAAAUUCUCCAAACGCCUAAAGCGCAUCUGCGCCCACCUCUCCUCCACCCCCUUUCACUUCCUCCUCGCUGCGUGGCGAGCCUACCUGUUCCGGCACACCGCCGACAAAGAUUUCACAAUCCUAAUGCUAGAAGGCAACCGUCCCCACCCCGACGCCGAGUCUGUGAUCGGUUGCCUAGCUAACGUCCUCCCUCUCCGCUUCAACAACGACUGCUCCCUUCAGACACCCUUUGAAGAUGUCAUAAUCUCCGCUCGGGACCUCACGCUUGAGGCGUUGGAGCAUGCGGAGGUGUCGUUUGAUGAUAUUGUCGAUCGUGUGGUUGGAAAGGAAAACAGACCAGAGGGGUAUAUGCCGCUGGGGCAGGUGGCGAUUAACUUCCAGAUGCAUGGUGGUGCGCCGUGGGAGUAUAGGCAUGCUGAUUUUGAGGUGGGGGUUCAUCGGUUGUAUAAUAUUGGACAUCCUUGCGAGCUGGUGCUUGAGGUUGUGGAGGGGGGGGAGGGGGAGUUUGGGUUUUUUAUGCAGCAUUGCACUGUGCUUUAUCGGGAUGAGGAUAUGGAUCGGUUUGGGGAGGGGUUUGUGAGGUUCGUGGAGAGCGUGGUUAGGGACCAUAGGCAGGUUGUGGGUGAGGUUUGA